AGCGGGAGUAGCCCGGACCUGUCCCGGCGGUGCUGCCCUCAGCCUCCCGCGGAGGGGAGGGGGCAUCAAGCGGGCUGUCCCGCUCUGCCUCCCGGCGUGAGCCUCGCUCCGCCCUGAGGCCUGCCCCCGUCUGCCGUCAGAAGGGGGCUCGGUGGGCAAGCGAGGGAGCUGCGGGCAACGGCAUCCCCUUCGCUGGCUCCUGUAGCCGGUUUCUCUGCCCCGGCUGGUCGCGGUCGUUUUGUGUCCUGGAGCUGCGGUUCAGCAUAGCAAGCACUCGUGUCUCACACCGAGAGCUCCCCAGUGGGAUGCCUGCCGUAAGGUAGUUUACUGACACCCGCGAAACGGCGUGUGCCGCGCUCGGACCCGCUUCAGACAGUAAUACCACAUGCCACUGAAACGACCAGAGAAGUCAGUAACCUCGAAGACCAUGCUUCCUCCAACAUCCCAGAUUCGGGGUCUUGGUGACCUUGCAAAAGCUCCCCAUGAAGCCGUGUCUGGGUGCCGCAGGAAGUGGAUCAAGGAGACUGAUUCAGCUUACGUCAGGCUGGCAAAGCAAGGAGGCCGACCUGACCUACUGAAGCACGACGCUUCUGUGCCAAUGAAGACUUCUUCAGCAGCAUAUGCUGCACCUGACUGGUAUACUCACUGUUCCAAAUCCCCAGCAACUGAUGAGCCACGGAGCUACGUUUCUUCUCUACCAGACUAUAUGAUUCACAGAGAGUUUAAGGCUGGUGACCAUCAUGGUAACAAUUAUGAGACAAGAAGAGGGCCUUUUGAUUUUGAUAUGAAAAGCGUUUGGCAGCGGGAUGCUGAGGACAAAGAAAACACAGAGAAAAAGAAGGUAAAGCUCCCAGCUAUAAACCCUAAAUAUCCAAGCAGAAUGCCGAAUGUUUCUACAAACAAGGAAUUUAGUGGGAAAAAUAAACUUUCAUUCCCACCUAUGCCUGCUCAGAGAAAAAAUGAAGCAGUAAACUUUAGCAAACUAAUUAGCAAUGGUUAUGGGACUGACUGGUUACAACAGUGUACUGGAUGGGAAAAAAAGACUCAAGAAACAUCAGAAAAUAGUGAGCAGUCCAAAGAACCUCUUCCUCCAGAUUCAGAGCCAUCACAGUCUGAAUCAGCACCUGCAAGCAACAAGUCAAAGCCACAGUUUCAAGGACAUAAGUAACUUAAAAGACUAUUGGGGAAAGUAGUCUUAUAUGGCUUAUAUAGCCCACUAUUUACAUGUUUGUUAGAUUAUUUUUUAUAGUUGAACUCAUCCCUGAUUGAGAGGUUAAUUUGAUUUAUAACAUGGAUGAACUUCAUUGUGCUUGAUUACAGCAAGUUUUAACGAACAGGCAACAGCUGUCAGUGCA